AUGGGGUACCACAUCGCAACCGCAAAUGAGUAUCUCGUCAUCACAGGUGCCGGUAUUGACGACCUGCGCAUCUGCAAAAAGGCAUUUGUGUAUCCGUGGCAGAAAGUGUGUAUUGCAUUCCCGCAUGUAUAUGUAUGUACAAUUGCAGCAGAAGCAUAUGCUAACGGGGAUGGGCUUCUCAUGCAGAUCUCGAGAAUAUCCGUCACGCCCUUUGACUUUUCGCUGAAUCUCCAAGCCAUGACAAUGGAGAAGCUACAGUUUGCUCUCCCAGCCGUUUUCACGAUUGGGCCGGACAACGAGAUUGAGGCUUUGAAAAAGUAUGCCCUGCUACUGUCCGGCAAGGCGGAUGGCCCUGAUCAGUCGAAGAGUGAAGUCAAUUAUCCGGCCGCACGUAACCAUGUGCAGGAUAUUGUCAAGGGUAUCAUCGAGGGUGAGACUCGCGUGAUUGUGUCUAGUAUGACCAUGGAAGAGAUCUUCAAGGAACGUCAGAUCUUCAAAGCAAAAGUUAUUGAAAACGUCCAAAAUGAGCUCCAGCAAUUCGGUCUACGAAUCUACAAUGCCAACGUCAAAGAACUACAAGACACCCCCGGAAGUGAAUACUUUGCUUUCCUCAGCCGAAAAGCCCACGAAGGCGCCCUCAACCAAGCCAAGAUCGAUGUUGCCGAAGCUCGCAUGCGUGGCGAGAUUGGCGAAGCCGAAAAGAAAGGCCGCACAAAGCAGGAAAUCUCCAAGAUUGAUGCCGAAACAGCCGUGCUCGAGACCAAACGCAAAGCCGAGAAGGCCAAGGCUGAUUCCGAGUUGACCAACCGCACAAUCGAACUGGAGCGGGAUACCAAAAUGGCCAGAAUCACGGCUCAGCGGACCACGGAAAUGAAAGAUGCUGAACUGCAAAAGUCGGUCGAGAGCAGGCGCGCCGAGACUGAGUUGGAACGUCUGCGUGCUACGGAUGUCACUAAGAGCAAGAUUGCGCGUGAGGCCGCGCAGGAAAAGGCCGAUGCCACCUUUUACACGGAGCAGAAGGCUGCUGAUGCUCUAUACUACAAACGAAAGACGGAAGCAGAUGCAUACUACUACCGCCAGAAACGUGAAGCCGAAGGUAUCAUGGAAACAGCUAAAGCCUACCGUGAAAUGGUCGACACGCUCGGCGGUCCACAGGGCUUCCUGCAACUCAAGAUGCUCGAAUCUGGCAUGUACGAGAAACUCGCCCAGGCCAAUGCCACCGCUGUCAACGGCAUGCAGCCCAAGAUCACUACUUGGAAUACGGGCCCCUCUGCUACUGGUGCCGCUGGUGAAGCAGAUGCCACCGCGCCUAUUAGAAAUAUCAUGCAAGCACUGCCACCGCUGCUGAGCACCAUCCACGAACAGACUGGCAUCGCGCCGCCCAGUUGGAUUGCGCAGAUGCCUGGUCCUGGAACUCAGAAUGGAGAUGGACAAGGGAAGGACCUCGUGACAACGAAGAAGGGCGCUGUCAAUGGUCACUGA